UUAGUUCUAGUUACCAUGGUUACUGUCAUUUGAUUGGUCAAUGCACAAUUGACAGACUAUUUCUGGAGCACCAUUAAAGCUAGUCUUCUCAUUCAGGCGCUCACUCAAACUGCCGAGUCAAAAUUAGAAGAAAUUCUCGAUACGGCUGCGCAGGAGGCCGAAGACAAACCAUAGCGUCUCCACAUAAAAUCAGUAAUCGAUUAUUGAUAUUAAUGCCGUCGUUUACUUUACCAACAGAAAUGACUAACAACACCACGAAUAUCACAACCACGACUUCCCCAGGGAGCCCCUGUGAGGCGUACACCGAGACACCAUACACCCAAGCGUUCAAGACAAUUGUAUAUAUCUUAAUCAUCAGUAUCUCAAUUAUUGGCAACUCUACUGUCAUUUACAUUGUCUAUAAGAACUACCAUGAAAGGAAUAUGACAAACUGGUUUAUAGCCAAYUUAGCUGCUUCAGAUAUCUUCAUAGCUUUGACUGGCAUGCCGAACAUGAUCACCGAAGUCUACGUUACCAAUUGGAUGUUUGGCUCGUUUGUGUGCAAAAUUGUUGUCUACUUUCAAAGCGUAGCGGUGGCAGUGUCAGUGCUGACGCUCGUAGCUGUUUCAGGAGAUCGAUAUCUGUGCGUCGUGUCUCCGUUGAGACGUCGGCCUGGCGUCGACAAGGCAAAGUACAUUGUGGUAUUGAUCUGGGUUGUAUCACUUAGCGUCAUGGCGCCAUUGAUUUCCGCGCAAAAAGUCGUUGAAAUUGACGGAAAUAGUUUAUGUAUCGAGGAAUGGGGCGCUCCAUUUGAUAAAGAACAAUCACCUAAACAUUUUACAAUCAUUCUCUUUGUAGUAAUGUACGUCGUACCACUAGUUGGGAUGGCUUUUCUCUACCUGGCGAUCUGUCAAUCAUUAUGGAAGCGGAAAGCACCAGGUGAACAAAUCAACCAGACUGAAAUGCUUAUUCAGAAAUCGCGCCGUAGAGUAAUUAUCAUGCUUCUUGCAGUUACAAUCGUGUUUUCGUUCUGCUGGAUGCCUUUGUGGGUCUUUCAGUUUAUAAUGUUCUUUGCGAGACACRUUAUUCCAUGUCCAAGAGCUAUCAAUGCAUUCUACUUUGUGUCUUUGUUCUUGGGACAUUCAAACAGUGCUAUCAAUCCAUUCCUUUACUCGCUUUUUAACAAGAGUUUUCGCAAUGGAUUCAAGAAUAUAUCAAGUUGGAUUCGCAGUUCUCUUUGCUGUAAUCAUAACCGAAUUGCUCCGUCCAGUGCCUUUGUGGUAACCGGACAGCAAACUCUGAGAGGGAGUGGGCAACACAAAACACUUACAAAUGGAUACAAUAAUAAUGCCCCUGCAAAUGAAUGAUCAACGAACUAAAACUGCAAUAAUAAGAGCACGAAAGCCGAGUACGGCAUUUGUUGUUCGCAAGCUAUCGACUCAUAACGAUCCACAUUUGGAGAAAUUAACUUAUAAUAUUUGGUAUAGGCUAGAACUCUUUUUGGGUUCCGAGUAUUUCGGUGUAUAAAUUUAACAUUUUGAGGUGUAUCACUUCAGUGUUGAUAAAGAUAGUUUAAAUAGAGAGAAAAUACAUUUUUAGACGAGAACUUACUAAUAAUCUUAUGGAAGUAUUUGAUAAUUUUCUGUAAAACAACAGUUGCGGUAUAUUCACUAAGGGAAAGAUUUAUUUAAAGAAUAAAAGCUAGAUUAGGAAA